AUGGCGGCUUCCGUCGACAACCGCCACCAGUUCCACCUCCAACCUCCCCCCACCAUGAACGGCGCCGCCGCCGGCGUCGUCGCUCGCCCCUUCAAACCCACUCCCACCGCCGCCGCAAUCCCUGGCAGCUUCCACCUCUUCCCCAACUCCAAACCCCUCCCUCCACCAACCUCCGACGAUGACUCAUCCUCCUCCGACUCCGACUCCGACAACGAAUUCUACUCCGACCUAAUCCGCAAAAGCAACAGCGAGCUCGAACCCUCCCUCCACGACCCCCGCGACGACUCCACCGCCGACGCCUGGAUCGAGCGCAACCCGACCAUGAUCCGGCUCACCGGGAAACACCCCUUCAACUCGGAGCCGCCACUGACCCGGCUCAUGCACCACGGGUUCAUCACCCCGGUCCCGCUCCACUACGUCCGCAACCACGGGCCCGUCCCGAAAGCCCAAUGGGCCUCCUGGUCCAUCGAGAUCUCCGGGCUCGUCAAGCGCCCGGCCCGCAUCACCAUGGACCAGCUCGUCAACGACUUCCCCUCCCGCGAGCUCCCCGUCACCCUCGUCUGCGCCGGGAACCGCCGCAAGGAGCAGAACAUGACGAAGCAGAGCAUCGGGUUCAACUGGGGAGCGGCGGGGGUGUCCACUUCGGUGUGGCGCGGCGUACCGUUGCGCCUCGUGCUCCAGCGCUGUGGGGUCUACAGCAGGAGGAAAGGCGGCUGCCACGUGUGCUUCGAGGGGAGCGAGGAUUUGCCCGCCGGCGGGGCCGGGUCGAAGUACGGGACGAGCUUGUGCGUGGAGUACGCCAUGGACCCGGCCCGUGACGUCAUCCUGGCUUACAUGCAGAACGGGGAGGCGCUGACUCCGGAUCACGGGUUCCCGGUCCGGGUCAUCAUACCCGGGUUCAUCGGCGGGCGGAUGGUGAAGUGGCUGAGACGGAUCGUCGUUACGACGAAGGAGUCGGAUAAUUAUUAUCAUUAUAAGGAUAAUCGGGUCCUGCCGUCGCACGUGGACGCCGAGCUCGCCAACGCCGAAGGCUGGUGGUACAAGCCGGAGUACAUAAUAAACGAGCUGAACAUAAACUCGGUGAUUACGACGCCGUCUCACGAGGAGGUCCUCCCGAUAAACUCAUGGACUACUCAAAGGCCGUAUACGCUCAAAGGCUACGCUUAUUCUGGGGGAGGGAAGAAGGUGACACGUGUGGAGGUGACGAUGGACGGCGGGGACACGUGGCAGGUGUGCGAGCUAGACCACCAGGAGAAGCCGAACAGGUAUGGCAAGUACUGGUGCUGGUGCUUCUGGUCCCUGGAGGUGGAGGUGCUGGACCUGCUCGCGGCUAAGGAGAUUGCGGUCCGAGCCUGGGACCAGACCCUCAACACCCAGCCCGAGAAGCUCAUUUGGAAUCUCAUGGGAAUGAUGAAUAACUGUUGGUUCCGGAUAAAGACCAACGUGUGCAAGCGACACAAGGGCGAGAUCGGGAUCGUGUUCGAGCACCCGACCGUCCCCGGCAACCAAUCUGGCGGGUGGAUGGCGAAGGAGAAGCACCUCGAGAUGAUCACAUCCGAGGCAAACCCGACCUUGAAGAAGAGUGUCUCCACUCCCUUCAUGAACACCGCCUCAAAGACCUACACCGCUAGUGAGGUCAAGAAGCACAACUCCCCCGAGUCUGCCUGGAUCAUUGUCCACGGUCACGUCUACGACUGCACUCGUUUCCUCAAGGACCACCCAGGUGGCUCGGACAGCAUCUUGAUCAACGCUGGAACCGACUGCACCGAGGAGUUCGAGGCUAUCCACUCCGACAAGGCCCGGAAGCUCCUCGAAGACUACCGAAUCGGCGAGCUGGUCAACGUUCAGUCCAAUGCCUCAUCCCCGGGGAGCUCGGUCCACGGUGCGUCAAAUGCGAUGUCGUUGAAGCUGCUCGCGCCCAUCACAGAGAUGACUCUGAUCCAACAGCAACAAGUGAGGAGCGUGGCGCUGGUCCCACGAGAGAAGAUACCGUGCAAGCUGAUAAAGAAGGAGUCCCUGUCCCACGACGUCAGGCUCUUCCGGUUUGCCCUCCCAUCGGAGGAGCAGGUGUUGGGGCUUCCCGUCGGGAAGCACAUCUUCCUGUGUGCUUCCGUGGACGGGAAGCUCUGCAUGCGGGCCUACACGCCGACGACGCUCGUCGACGCGGUGGGCCACUUCGACCUCGUCGUGAAGGUCUACUUCGGCGGGGUCCACCCGAGGUUCCCCAACGGCGGGGUCAUGUCGCAGCAUCUCGACUCGCUCGAUGUGGGGUCCAUGGUCGACGUGAAGGGGCCGUUGGGCCACAUCGAGUACAUGGGCCGGGGCAAGUUCAUGGUCCAUGGGAAGCCCAAGUUUGGGAGGAAGCUCGCCAUGUUUGCUGGCGGGACCGGCAUCACGCCGGUCUAUCAGGUGGUCCGUGCGGUCCUCCGGGACCCAGAGGAUCGGACGGAGAUGCACAUAGUGUAUGCCAACCGGACGGAGGACGAUAUCCUGCUGAGGGAUGAGCUGGACAAGUGGGCCCGGGAGGACGAGAGGCUGAAAGUGUGGUACGUGGUGGAGUCGGCGAAGGACGGAUGGGAAUACAGUACGGGGUUCAUCACGGAAGCUAUCAUGAGGGAGCACGUCCCGAGUGGAUCGGACGCUGAUGGUGAGGUUCUGGCCCUGGCAUGUGGGCCGCCGCCCAUGAUCCAGUUUGCGGUCCAGCCCAAUUUGGAGAAGAUGGGCUACGAUGUGAAGGAGUCUUUGUUGGUGUUUUAA